AUGGCUAUCAAUUUUGCCAGAGCAGAGGAGGAAACGCUCGCACUAUGGAACGAGAUCCGCGCUUUUGAGACACUGCAAGUCCUCUCGGCUGACCGUCCCAAAUACACCUUCUACGAUGGCCCGCCGUUUGCUACAGGAAUGCCGCACUACGGCCAUUUGCUCGUCUCGACUAUCAAAGACUGUGUCCUCCGAUAUUGGUCUAUGCAAGGCUAUUUGGUCGAGCGCCGCUUCGGCUGGGACACCCACGGCUUGCCUAUUGAAUAUGAAAUCGACAAGAAGUUGGGCAUGUCAGCCAGGGAUGCCGUUGAGAAGCUCGGCCUGGCUGGAUACAAUGCAGAAUGCAAGGGCAUCGUGAUGCGGUACGCAGAUGAGUGGAGACGAACCAUCACUCGGCUUGGCCGAUGGGUUGAUUUCGAUAACGACUACAAGACCAUGGAUCCCAGCUUUAUGGAGUCAGUGUGGUGGGUGUUCCGCCAACUAUUCGACAAAGACGCCGUCUAUCGCGGAUACAAGGUGAUGCCAUAUUCAACCGCUUUGGCAACCCCGCUGAGCAACUUCGAAACGGCACAGAACUACAUGGACCGGCAAGACCACACAGUCAUCGCGAGCUUCCCGCUCGUCGACGAACCAGAAACCAGCCUUCUGAUCUGGACCACAACGCCCUGGACCUUGCCAAUGAAUAUUGCUAUCGCCGCCAACCCAAACUUGGAGUAUGUCAAGGUGGCAGACAAAAAGGCCGGCAAGAACUAUGUGCUUCUCGAAUCAAGCCUCGGCUUCCUGUAUAACGACAAGGAGCAACGUGAGGGUGCUUUCACUGUACUAGAGAAGUUGAAAGGAUCAGACCUACGCGGGCGGCGCUAUCAACCCCUCUUUCCUUACUUCUAUGAGCAAUUCAAAGAUACGGCUUUCCGUGUCUUGACCGACGACUACGUGCAGGCCGGUGAGGGAGUAGGUUUGGUACAUCAAGCCCCAGCAUAUGGUGCUGAGGACUACGACGUCGCGACCAAGAAUGGAAUCAUCUCGAACACAGUGCUUCCGCCCAAUCCUGUCGACGAUUAUGGUCACUAUACCGACGAGGUUACCCAUUUCGCUGGCCAGCAUGUCAAAGAAGCAGACAGAGCGAUCAUCAAGUACCUAAAAGCAGAGGGCCGAAUCGUCAAAGACUCACAAUUGAUGCACAGCUAUCCGCAUUGCCCACGAUCAGACACCCCACUCAUCUAUCGCGCCGUCUCGACUUGGUUCGUCAAGGUUGAGUCUAUAGUUCCGGAAAUGCUUAAGGCUGGUGAAGAAUCGCACUGGGUGCCGUCUUUUGUACGAGAUAAGAGGUUCCUAAACUGGAUUGCAAAUGCCCAUGACUGGAACGUGUCUCGCAACCGGUAUUGGGGCACGCCCAUCCCGCUAUGGGUCAGCAGCGACUAUGAAGAAGUCGUCUGCGUUGGAAGCGUCGAGGAACUGAAACGCCUGAGCGGUUACACAGGAGAGCUUACUGAUCUCCACCGUGACGUUGUGGAUCAGAUUACCAUUCCCAGUCAGCGCGGCAAAGGUCAACUGCGUCGCAUCCCCGAAGUAUUCGAUUGCUGGUUCGAGUCUGGAUCCAUGCCUUACGCUUCUCGUCACCAUCCCUUUGAGAAGGAUAGUCUUGACAGUUCCGCGGAAAUCUUCCCCGCAAACUUCAUCACAGAGGGCCUGGACCAAACGAGAGGAUGGUUUUAUACUCUGUUAGUAUUGGGCACUCACCUGUACGGCGUUUCGCCCUACCAAAACUGCAUCGUGAACGGCAUCGUUCACGCCGAAGACGGAAAGAAAAUGUCGAAGAGGUUGAAAAACUACCCAGACCCUUCCGCCAUUAUUGCUGAAUACGGGGUUGAUGCACUACGACUCUAUCUCAUCAAUUCGCCCGUUGUUCGAGCGGAAUCAUUGCGCUUCCGAGAACAAGGAGUAAAGGAAGUAGUUGGCAAAGUUCUUCUUCCCCUCUGGAACAGUUACAUGUUCUUCGAACAACAAGUGAACCUCCUGAAAAAGGUGGAAGGUGAUGACUACAUCUUCUCGCAUCAAAGUCAUGCGGCAUCGUCCGAUGCCAACAUCAUGAAUCAGUGGAUCAUUGCCAGCUCAAACGCUCUAGUAGGGCACAUCCAGCAGGAAAUGAAAGGCUACCGUCUUUACAACGUGCUUCCUCGAAUCCUGCAACACCUCGAAUGCUUGACCAACUGGUACAUUCGACUCAAUCGAGAUAAGCUGAAAGGAUCCGGCGGAAAGGUUGAGACCAUUACAGCUUUGAACACGCUGUUCGAUGCGUUGUUCAUUCUGAUCCGAGCUCUUGCGCCUUUCGCGCCCUUCAUCACCGACAAGAUAUAUCGCCACCUCGUCAGAUACAUUCCACCAGAGCUGCAGGCCAAGGACACGCGUUGCGUCCAUUUUCUGGAAUUCCCCCAAGUCGAGACAGAAUGUCUGAACCCUACCAUCGAACGUCAAGUAGCCCGCAUGCAGAAAAUCAUCGAACUCGGAAGAACAAGUCGUGAACGUCGCAGGCUUGGGUUCAAGAAUCCUCUGAGGACGCUUGUGGUGAUUCAUUCGGAUCCACAGUAUCUUGAGGACGUUCGAUCGCUCGAGGAUUACAUCAAACGUGAGCUGAAUGUUCGCGAACUGAUCACCACAUCUGACGAAGCUCAAUACCAUGUGCAGUGGAGUGUUACUGCUAAUUGGGCCAUAUUAGGGAAGAAGUUCAAGAAGGACGCCAAAGGAAUCAAAGACGGUCUCGCCACCAUGUCCAGCAACGAAUGUCGUCGUCUUUUGGGAGAGAAAGUCGCAAACAUCGGCGGCAUUGAAGUUGACACCGGUGACCUAGUGAUCCGUCGAUUCAUCAAAGACCUCGACCCGCAAAAAUACGAGAAUAAUACCGACGGAGAUGUCCUAAUCAUCUUGGACAUCGAUGCCGACGAUGAUCUUCGACGCGAGCAUUGGUGCAGAGAGCUUGUGAAUCGUAUUCAGCAAGUGCGGAAGAAAGCUGGUUUGGUCCCCACGGAUGAUGUGAAGGUUGAGUACCGGGUUCUACAGGACAGUUCAGAUGUAAACAUCCACGACGUCAUCGAGUCCAACGGCAGCCUCUUCGAGAAGUCACUACGCGCGAAACCCGUCGGCUCGGAAGUCAAUGCCGCACCCCACGACCCUCGGAGACGCGCCAUCAUCGAGGAAGAGCAGGAGAUUCAGGGCAUCAAGUUCAUGUUGACGCUCCUCGAGCUGUAA